AUGAGUGAACUCAUCUUAGCGCAGCAAGCGCUGCUUCAUUUGGUUGCUCGUUCAUUAGACAAUUUCAAAAAAAUCGGGAAGAACAAUUUGACAAGUGCAAAAAUCCGAUCGCGAGUUUCCACGCUAAAAGAAACCUGGUCCCAGUGCCUUCAAACUCACACAGCAUUAAUCCAUGCUAUUCCAGAAGCUAAAAGGGAAACCAUGGAUUACUUCAAAAAGCAGCAGCUCGAUGAUUACGAAGACAUUUACCAAAACACGCUGGACUACAUGGCCGAGUGUCUCGAGGCGAUCGAGCCGACGGCUAACGCAAACUCGUCGUUCGGCUCCGUAGUUAGUAAACGCGAUGAGUCGUUCUCAUUAUCUCACUUGCCGCCAAUUCUUAUUCCUCCGUUUUCCGGUAAGUGUGAAGACUGGGAAAGUUUUCGAGAUCGUUUCACGUCUCUUAUCAUCAUGAACAAAGACCUGUCAAAUUUUGCACGGAUGCAUUUUCUCGUUUCGAGCCUUACGGGUCGCGCUCUCAAAUCAAUAAAGAACACUCCAAUCACUGCAGACAACUUCGAAAUAGCAUGGAAAGCUCUAGUGUCUCGUUACGAAAAUAAACGUCGAUUAAUUGAAGUGCAUGUGUCUGCCCUAUAUAAUAUGCCGACAGUCUCUCGCGAAAACGCGUUUGAACUAAACGAAUUACGGGAUAAAGCGAAUCGAGCCCUCGCAUCGCUCAAAACAUUAAAUCGUACGCCCGCGGAGAUUCUAAGCGACAUGCUAAUCUACUGCGUUUCGCAAAAACUAGAUCAUUCAACGCGGAAGGCCUGGAAACUCAGAGGAAGUGACAAUAGUGAUAUUCCGACAUACGAAGAUUUGGAUCGUUUCAUCUCCUCUCGUGCGCGCGCUCUCGAAGAACUCACUCCUCUCAGCCUCACAAAGCCUACGCGAUCACAAAAGAUAAACAGCAAUACCGCCUCCGCUUCAUCGGCUGCGUCGUGUCCCGUUUGUAAGGGAUCUCAUUUUAUAAAUAAGUGCGCGCUCUUUAUUCAAAAGACUCCGACUCAGCGCUUAGAAAUAGUCAAACAGGCAAAACGUUGCGUAAAUUGCUUGAGUGCGAAGCAUGCUGUCCAAGCCUGUCCGAGCAAGUACUCGUGUCGCGCUUGUCAAUGGAAGCAUUAUUCUAUGCUUCACCUCGAGUCCUCGCCGUCGGCAACCGAGACUGUUCUUCCUACGACAUCAAAGUCGACAUCGGAGAUAAUGACCGAUAAUGCCACGUCGUUGUUUUCUGCGUCAAGAUUACAAUCUCGCCCUUCCGUUCUUCUCGCAACCGCGCGCGUAAAAAUCGGAUCUCCUUCAGGUCGAACAGUUAUCGCUCGAGCUUUACUCGAUCAAGGAUCCGAAAUAACCUUUAUUACCGAACAAAUUGUCCAAACUCUAAAAUUGCGUCGUAUCAAACUACCGAUUUCAAUCUCCGCCGUCGGCGGAGUCGAUGCCGGUACCUGUCGUUUCGCGGCUCAAAUUAAAUUGUCUCCACGCGAUGCCUCCUAUCCGACUCUUACAAGCACCGCGUCAAUAAUGCACUCACUGACUAAAUACACGCCGCCGCUAAUAAACUCAACGAGUGAUUGGAAUCAUUUAUCCGAUCUCACGCUCGCGGAUCCCGACUCUACCAGCCCCGAUCGCAUUGACCUUAUUAUCGGUGCGGAUCUAUAUAGCGAAUUAAUUGUAGACGGUGUGCGAAGAGGGGAUAAGGGGACACCGCUUGCGCAAAACACUAUUUUCGGAUGGAUACUCUCGGGACCGAUGUCCGGUAUUUCAUCACGCCGAUCCAUAUCCGUGCAACAUUGUGCAAAUGCGCUAUCUCUAGAAAGUAAACUGCGCAGAUUCUGGGAAAUUGAGGAAAUUCCUCAGCGUGCGAUCCUCAGCCCAGAAGAGCAGCAAUGUGAGGAACACUUUCUCACAACUCAUUCGCGUUGCGCCGACGGGCGAUACGUUGUCCGCCUUCCGUUCCGAAAAGGCCCUCCGAUCGACAUAGGUCAAUCGCGCAACACAGCCGAACGUCUCCUCAAGAGCGUACAUCGUCGGUUCAAAAGCAGCAACGAGUUAAAAUUAGAAUACACGAAAUUUCUGCACGAGUAUGAAGCCCUUGGACACAUGAGAGAGGUGACAAGUUCAAGAGCGUUUUCAACGCAGUGCGUAUACAUUCCGCAUCACCCGGUCAUUCGCGAGAGUAGCGUCACGACACGUUUGAGAGUCGUAUUUAACGCGUCUAGUAUAACGACGAACUCUACAUCAUUAAAUGACCAUUUACUUACUGGCCCAAAACUGCAGACGGAUCUCUCAGCCGUCGUACUGCGGUGGCGACAAUUUCGUUAUGUUUACUCGGCCGACAUCGCAAAAAUGUAUCGCCAAAUUUCAGUCGACUCUCGCGACGUCAAUUAUCAGAGAAUAUUGUGGGCUGACAGCGAAACCGAAUGCGCCAAAGAGUAUCAAUUAACGACAGUAACGUACGGCAUCGCGUCUGCUCCAUUUCUUGCUUUGCGCGUACUUCGGCAGCUCAUUCUCGACGAAGGCCAUUCGUUUCCGCUCGCGGUUCCGGUAUUACAGGAUAACAUAUACGUCGACGACGUUUUAUUCGGAGCGGACGAUAUUCCUCUCCUUCGACAAAUGCGAAGUCAAGUCUGUGCUUUGUUAAAAUGCGGACUCUUCGAAUUACGAAAAUGGUCGAGCAAUUCCGUCCACCUUCUCAAUGAUAUAGCAGUCGAGGAUUACGGAUUAGCAUGUAAUAAACCGUUGCAAUUCGAUAAGCAAUUAAAAAUUCUUGGCAUUAGCUGGAAUCCAGCAUCUGAUAUAUUUUGGUUCAAUGUGUCGUUUCCGAUUGUUGACGUCACCACUAAAAGAUCCAUUCUAUCAGCCAUUGCUAAAUUCUUCGACCCGUUAGGUUGGAGCACUCCAGUGACAAUUAAUGCCAAGAUAUUUUUGCAAAAAUUAUGGCAAUGUAAAUUAGAGUGGGACGAUCAACUCCCCCCUCCACUGCUAGAUCAAUGGAAUGUACUUCAAACAUCUUUAACUGAAGUCAACGGUCUUUAG